AUGGUAGUGGAAAGGGAGCCCCCAAAGGCUUCACCAGAAAAAGCUGCGCCGACAGCCACAUUCAGAAAGCCUUUUGAGCCAGAAUUUGGAAAGCCGAGUCCUCUACAAAGUCGCUCGAAUCCGAAUCCCAAUAUCUUCAAUGUCCCCAGACCAAACAAGCCGCGACCGGAACAUCACUUGGAUAAGCAACCCAAAUCUAUCCCAUUCGUGCCUCCCAAUGGUACAGCACUAAAUCUGAGUCGUCCUUUGCCAACGAAAGAAAAUCACGCUGUUGGCAUAGCACGUCCGUCAAAUCCUCCAAUUUAUCCUUCAUACGCUCAGCCGCCACCGCGACCAAUAUUUCAUGCCCCGAACUCUGUGCAUCCAUACUAUGUCCCUCAGCCGCAUUAUGUGCCGGAGCAGCAUCUAGCUAAUUUUUCGAAUCCACGUCCUGGUCAAUUCAAUGAUCCGUUGUUGUGGAAGGAUAACUUCGAAGAUGAUGGUCCUCUGGCCUACAUCAGCUCGGAAAAGGCAAAUGAUGACAUCAAAGCGCUUUUGGAAGGAAACAUCGAGGAUGAAGAGGAGAAGCCAAGAACUGACAAGCUCGACAAAUUGAAGGUGGAACCGGAGAAGGACAGUAAGCAACAGCCAGAGGAAGAUGAAAACGACGAAGAAGAAGAAGUCGAUGAUGGCUCGGUUGAAGGUCUCGAAGUGAAAUUGCUGCCUCACCAGGUCCAUGGCACGGAUUGGAUGCGCGCGAGAGAGGUGGGUGGCAAGAAGACCACAAGAGGCGUCAGACCAAAAGGUGGAAUCCUUGCCGAUGAUAUGGGACUUGGCAAAACAAUACAGUCACUUGCUUUGAUCCUAACCAACAGUCGGCCACCAGUAACGUCUGCAAUGUCGGCAACAGACAAGAAAGCGCUGCCUGCUGUAGUGGGCAAGGGUACUUUGGUGGUAGCCCCACUUGCAUUGAUCAAGCAGUGGGAGAGUGAAAUUAAAGAUAAAGUCUCAGAAAGCCACAAGCUUCGUGUGCUGGUUCAUCAUGGGCCUCAACGCACCAAAAGAUUUGAAGAUCUGAAAAAGUACGAUAUUGUCAUAACCACUUACCAAAUUCUGGUUUCUGAACACGGGAGCUCUUCGGAAAGAGAAGAUGGGCCUAAAUAUGGCUGCUUUGGCUUGCAUUGGUACAGAGUAAUUCUUGAUGAAGCUCAUACUAUCAAGAAUAGAAAUGCAAAGGCAACGCAGGCAGCUUGUGCUCUCCGUUCGGAGUAUCGGUGGUGCUUGACUGGUACACCGAUGCAAAACAAUCUAGAUGAGUUGCAAAGUCUUGUCAAAUUUCUAAGAAUCAAACCUUUCAACGAGCUUUCCGUAUGGCGAGAUCAAAUUACUCGGCCAAUGAGCCAAGGUAAAGGCGCACUUGCCAUCCGACCGCCGCACGAAAGACGUCCUGAAGAAAGAAGGCGCCUUGAAUCCGGGGGAAAGGUGGACCCAAAUGGGAAAAGUAAUGGUUUCAAGAUCACCAAACGUGAUGUGCAGAGUCUCGUCGUAGAUUUCACCCCUGAAGAAAGGACUUUCUACGAACAGCUUGAGAAACUGACGGACAAGAGUCUCGACCGCAUGAUGAACGAUCAUAAACUGAACUAUGCCAGCGCCUUGGUCUUGCUGCUAAGGCUUCGGCAGGCCUGUAACCACUCUGACCUCGUUGGUGGGAGUAUGGCAAAAGAUAAGGAUGCCUUGACGACUGGCAAAGUCACGGGCAGCCAGAUCUCUACCAAACUAAAGAAGGAAGAUGAUCUAGAUGACAUGGCUGAUCUUUUCGGGGGCUUGAGUGUGCAGACAAAGCAAUGCGACGUUUGUAUGAUCGAUCUCAGCGAAGAAGAGAUAUCUAGCAGCAUGAAGCGAUGCGCUGGGUGUGAGGAUCUUGUAAAGCAUGGUGCUGUGAAUAACAAGAAAUCGAAGGACCGAAAGAGCCACAAUCGUACGGGACAUGGCGACUCCAAAAAGGUGACGAAGCCUAGAAAUAGGAACAAAAAAAUCGUUGCGGACAGUUCUGACGACGAAGGAGAAGGUGAAUGGAUCGUUUCCAAGGAUCGGUCUAGCCUUGACCUUGGAAAGGCUGGGGGUUCUGACGAUGAGAAUGCUGAGGGAGGUGGUGAAUGGUUAGACUCCUCCAAUUGCGAUACGGAAGGGGACUCGGACAUCAAAACAUCAGGCUCGCAACAGCAACCCAUCAACGUCGACUCCUCAAUCGCAGGAUCAGACACAGCUUCAUAUACAGAAUCGAGCUCACCGUCAAAUACGAACUCUACCGCGGAAUCUGACGGAUCCGAGGGUGAGGAGAACGAAAGUGACGAAGCUGAAUCAUUCGCCGUCGAAUCACCCAUGGCCUCAGCUAAGAUUAGCCACCUUAUCCCCAUCCUCAACCGCGAGGCGCCAUCCCACAAAAUCAUCGUCUUCUCGGUCUUCACCUCCAUGCUCGACCUAAUCGAGCCGCACUUACAAACCUCGAAACUCAAAUACACCCGCUACGACGGCAGCAUGCGCAACGACCUCCGCGAAGCCUCUCUCGAACGUCUCCGCAACGAAAAGUCCUGCCGCAUCCUCCUCUGCUCCCUCAAAUGCGGCUCCCUCGGCCUCAAUCUAACAGCAGCCAGCCGCGUGAUCAUCCUCGAACCCUUCUGGAACCCGUUCGUCGAAGAGCAAGCCAUCGACCGCGUCCAUCGGCUCAAUCAGACGAAAGACGUGGUCGUCUACAAAUUAACGGUCAAGGCAACGGUAGAGGAGAGGAUCUUGGAAUUGCAGGAGAAGAAACGGGCGCUUGCUAAUGCUGCCAUUGAGGGUAAGGAUAAGGCGGGUAAGUUGAGUAUGGAGGAUAUGUUGAAAUUGUUUAAGAGGGACGCCGAGCACGAUCCUGGUCAUGCCGGUGAUGUCGAGUUGGGGAGUAAGCCGAGUGUAUUGCAUAAGAAGGAGCAUGAAAGUAGCCAGAGGAGGGCUUCACCGCCUGUAGCUGAGAGACCGAAGGGUAGGCUGAAAGAGGAUCCUGUCUAUGGUAGGCGGUGGUAA